AUGGGGGCCGGGGUAGGCUCCGGGCGGGGGCAGCUCUUCCUCCGCUCCCUCCUCUUCCUCCUGCUGGCCGGGCCCCCGGCGGGCGGGCAGCUGCGCUACGCCGUGCCCGAGGAGCUGGAGCACGGAGCCUUCGUGGCCAACCUGGGCGAGGACCUGGGGCUGGACGUGUCCACCCUGUCAGCGCGGCGGUUCCGCAUCGUGUCGCGGGCCGGGGUCAGGCAGCACCUGGAGGUGAACCUGGAGAACGGGAUCCUCUUCGUGAACGAGCGGAUUGACCGGGAGGAGGUGUGCGAGGCCGGGGGGACCUGCCUGCUCCACCUCCAGCUCCUCGUCGAAAGCCCGCUGGAGCUCUACCGCGUCGAGGUGGAGGUGCUGGACAUCAACGACCACGCGCCCACCUUCCCCUGGCAAGAGUACGUGCUGGAGGUGGCCGAGUCCGCCGUGCUCGGUGCCCGCUUCCCGCUGGAGAGCGCCCAGGAUCCUGACGUGGGCACCAACUCCGUGCACACCUACCGCCUCAGCCCCAACGGCUUCUUCUCCCUCGAGGUGCAGACGCGCAGCGACGCCAGCAAGUUUGCGGAGCUGGUGCUGGAGCGCGCCCUGGACCGGGAGCAGCAGCGCCUGCACCGGGUGCUGCUCACGGCUCUCGACGGCGGCGUCCCCGAGCGCUCGGGCACCGCGCACAUCCUCGUCACCGUGCUGGACGCCAACGACAACGUGCCUGCCUUCGACCAGCCCUCGUACGGAGUGAGCCUUCCUGAGGAUGCCCCCGCCGGCACGCUGGUCAUCCAGCUCAACGCCACGGACCUGGACGAGGGCCCCAACGGGGAGAUCGAGUACUCCUUCAGUGGGCACGCGCCGCCACGCGUGCGGGAGCUCUUCCACAUAGAGCCCCGCAGCGGGCAGGUGCUGCUGAAGGGCCGCCUGGACUAUGAGCGGGCCAGUCUCCACGAGCUCUACGUGCAAGCCAAGGACCGUGGACCCUCAGCCGUGGCCGUUCACUGCCGAGUGCUCGUGCACCUCCUCGACGUCAAUGACAACGCGCCAGAGGUGACCCUCACCUCUGUGUCCACACCCGUGCUGGAGGAUGCCCCCCCAGGCACCGUCAUUGCUGUCAUCAGCGUUCUGGACCGGGAUUCUGGGGACAACGGGCGCGUGAGCUGUGAGGUUGGCCCCAACGUACCCUUUGAGCUUCGCUCCUCCUUCCGCAACUACUACACGCUGGUCACCAUGCAGGCGCUGGACCGGGAGGUUGUGCCCGAGUACAACGUGAGCAUCACGGCGCGGGACAUGGGCUCGCCCGCCCUGCUGACCCGCAGCACCCUCACCGUCCCGGUGUCCGACGUGAACGACAACGCCCCACGCUUCCUCCAGCCCUCCUACAGCGUCUACGUGAUGGAGAACAACGCGCCGGGUGCCUCUAUCUGCUCUGUCAGCGCGCUGGACCCUGACUGCCAACAGAACGCCUACCUGUCCUACUCCAUUGCCGAUGGGCACAUCCAUGGCAUGCCUGUGGGCACCUACGUGUCUAUCAACUCGGACAGCGGGCACAUGUAUGCCCUGCGGUCCUUGGACUAUGAGCAGAUCCGCAGCUUCCAGAUCCAGGUGCAAGCACAGGACGCGGGUUUCCCCCCACUGAGCGCCAACGUCACUGUCCACAUCUUCGUGCUGGAUCAGAACGACAAUGCUCCGGUCAUCGUUUCCCCCCUGCCACACAACGGCUCCGUGGCCACCGAGCUGGUGCCGCGAUCAGCCAGGCCUGGCUACCUGGUGGGCACAGUGUCGGCGGUGGAUGCGGAUGCAGGGCUGAACUCUCGCCUCUCCUACCAGCUCCUCCAGGCCACUGACUUCACCCUCUUCAGCGUGGCACCAGACACGGGCGAGCUGCGCACCCUCCGCUCCUUCCUGGAGCAGGACUCAACCCGGCAGCGCCUGGUGGUGCAGGUGCGGGACGGUGGGCAGCCAGCCCUCUCUGCCACCGUGUCCCUCCUGCUUUCUGUGGUGGAGACCAUGCCUCAGACUCUCUCCGACUUCAGCGAGUUCAGUCUCCCCCCAGAAGUCUCCUCAUCCUCCCCACUCACCCUCUACCUCCUUGUCUCCCUGGGUUCCAUCUCCUUCACCUUCCUCCUCGCCAUCCUCAUCCUCACAGCCAUUCGCUGCCGCGGAGAGCGGCGUUCCCGCCAAGGUGACAGCUGCUCCCCGCCCCGCUGCCACUGCUGCCCUGGGUCCAGACCCUCCUCUGAUGGCCUGAAGACUUCCAACCUGACGGCACAGCCCCCCGCAGGGACCGCGGCUGCCACCUGCCUUGACGUGCCUGCAGGCGGCCCCCCGGGCUACUGCUACAAGGUCUGCCUUGGUCCUGAGUCUGCUCAGAGCGACUUCAUGUUCCUCAAACCCUGCAGCCCCCCACGGAACAACGAGAAGGAUCCUGGGAAGCGGUCCCGGCCAGACCAGCAUCUCCAGGUCUCCAAGGAGGUCAAGCAGCCCAACACAGACUGGCUGCCUCCAAGCACUCAGCGACCUACCCUGAAAAGCUCCCAGAGCCUGGAAGACGUGGGGGAAAUCCGCAGAGCCCUCCAGAAGGAGCACGAGAGGCUGUGCACACUGGUGACUCCUGUCUCUGAGUUUCAGAAGGCUUCUGCAGGCCCCAACAGCAUCUGGACCCCUCAGUACAACCCCUUGUACCCAGGGCACAUCCCAGCCCUGGAUUAUCAGCACAACGUCUACAUCCCCGGCACCCCCACUCUGCUGUCCAGCAAGGAUGGGCCCCUCUUCCCAGGCAGGGAGAACAAGAACAGCUUCUCCACCUUUGGCAAGAGGAAGAAGAUGACGACUUACUGUGACAUGCAUGACAGUGUGGUUAUCAACAACGACCUGAAAUAGCCUGGAUGGCUCUAUCCUGGGAAUCUGUCACAUUAUUUCAGCUGCCAGGUCCACCCUCAGCACACAGUUCCAUGUAUGGACCACUCAGGAUUCUGCAGGGCUGCUGGGAAAGUGGCUCACCAGAGCAUGGGGAAAGGAUUUAAGGAGCAAGAGACUGAAAAUUAUAGGGACAAGGGGGGGGGCAGCAGGGGGCAUUUCUCCCAUCUCAUCCUGCAGAGCUGUGUUGGCAGCAGGUGCUGUUUGGGGUCCAUAUGACCAGAUUUAAGCAAAUCUGCCUUGAGUUUACCCAUUCCCAUGUCCCCUUAGGGACUGUCCAUCUCUGUAAACAUUGUCACUUUGUCUUGUCUGGCUGUGUGAAUGUACUGAGCUGCAUGCCUGUAUCUCUGUCCCAGUAGGCAUGGAAAGUGUAUGCAGACCAAGCCUGGUUCAGCCAAGCCUGACCCCACGCACUGGGGCAGUGACCAUUGCUCUGUCCCUGAGAUCCAGUGGGAUGUGUUGCAUGUCCAGAGCAGCCAUUGGUGUCUGUCUUCUCUGGGAAGUGAGUGCAAACCCCAGCCUUUAUGGGUGCUUCCCUUCAAACCCUGACCCAAACACUUGCAGGACUGGAGACCCAAAGUCCAGGACACAACCAGAGUCCAGAACAGAGCCAGCCUUUGUUCUGGGAACAGCGUGGGCACACAGGGAUUGGGUGGCCAGAAGAGCUGUUAACUUAAGCAGGUGAGAGAUGCACACUGCUGGGCAACUCUCUAGCCCAAGGUAACAUCACCUGAACGAAAAACAGUUUCCAGCCACUGGAGUGGCCCCAGCACAGGUGAUCAUCCUCUUCCCUCCUCCCUGCACCCUCACUUGGAUCUCUGUUUUCCCCAAGUCUUGAACGCCUGGAGGAGGCCCUGCCCUGGGGACCCUUCAUGCCUUGGACAGACCUCUCCCACUGCGCCCUGCUUCUCUUUGAGGACUUUUAACUGGCUGUCAGGGGCCCUCAAGGGCAGGACUCCAGCCCCAGAACAGUCUCUUCCCUGCCUUGCUCUCUGUGCACCUGUCCACCCAGUCUGUCUGUCACCAUUGCCAAUCGCUCCGGUCACGGGACAGUUCAUUUCC